AUAAAUUCGAAGCCGCGAUCCUUUCCUCAACAUAUGCUCGUUGAGAGCAAGAUAAGUUUCAGUAUUUCUAUAUAUGAACUAUCACACUUGAGCUAUAAUCAAUCUUAAACAAGAAAAAAGGAAGAUUAUUGUUAUUUUUAUAGAAAUUGACAGGGAAGAGACAGUGCUCCGGGGAACAAGCCACUUCAAGGGGAAGUUAAAGGAGUUUUUAUAAGAAUGAAGCCAUGCAUGACGGCUCUAAGACAAGUGAUUCAACCAUUGUCGUUGAACUUCCAAGGAAACAUGGUGGACGUUCCGUUUUUCCGGCGAAAAGACAAGGUUGUUUUCGUCAUGGGAGCCACCGGAACCGGCAAAUCUCGUCUAGCCAUUGACCUAGCCACUCGUUUUCCGGCGGAGAUUGUAAACUCCGACAAGAUCCAGGUCUAUAAAGGUCUAGACAUUGUGACUAACAAAGUCACUCCUGAGGAAAGCCUUGGCGUUCCUCACCACCUUCUCGGCACCGUCCACGACACUUACGAAGAUUUCACGGCGGAGGAUUUUCAGCGUGAAGCAAUCAGGGCCGUCGAGUCAAUCGUCCAGAGAGACCGUGUCCCGAUCAUAGCCGGUGGUUCCAAUUCUUACAUCGAGGCUCUGGUCAACGAUUGCGUUGACUUCCGGUUAAGGUAUAAUUGUUGCUUCUUGUGGGUCGACGUCUCUAGACCGGUUUUACACUCGUUUGUCUCGGAGCGAGUUGAUAAGAUGGUUGAUAUGGGUCUCGUCGACGAGGUUCGCCGCAUCUUCGAUCCGUCUUCGUCGGAUUACUCCGCUGGAAUUCGCCGAGCCAUUGGAGUUCCAGAGCUCGACGAAUUUCUCCGUUCGGAGAUGCGGAAUUAUCCGGCGGAGACGACGGAGAGACUUCUUGAAACGGCGAUCGAGAAGAUUAAAGAGAACACUUGUUUGCUUGCGUGUAGACAAUUGCAGAAGAUUCAAAGGCUUUACAAGCAGUGGAAGUGGAACAUGCACCGUGUCGACGCGACGGAGGUUUUUCUCCGACGAGGAGAAGAAGCUGAUGAGGCUUGGGAUAACUCAGUGGCUCAUCCGAGCGCACUCGCCGUCGAAAAGUUCCUUAGUUACAGCGAUGACCACCAUUUGGAAGGCGCCAAUAUUCUCCUACCGGAGAUCUCUGCCGUUCCGCCUCUUCCAGCCGCCGUGGCGGCGAUUUCCCGGUGAGGUAAAACAGGAACAAAUCAAUGUAUACGACGAUGACGAAAGAAGGGAAGUUUAAAGAAAAGAAAAACCAUAAUAGUGCCACGUGGCGAGAUUGGUCGGAAAGAGGAUUAAGCCAUGAUAUUGCCACGUGGCGAGAUUGGUCGCUGUCUUGGAGAAGAUGAUGACCUUUUAAUUCUGUUACUUAAAGAAAGUGUGUUACGGUUAAACGGAAAAAACAGUUUUGAGGGAAGUGAGCUGCACGCGCGGGGCGGACGCAGAUAAUUUUUCCCUUAUUUUAUUUUCCGGGUAUAGUACUUUAGGGCUAGGGUGUCGUGCGGAAUAGUGUACGGUUUAUACGGUGGACUAGUCAGGUUUAAGAGAGAGAUCGUUGGUCAACGCGGUUUUGUUAAAAAAGAAUAAAGGAUCCAACGGACUAAAAAGGGAGUUUUGUUGUGUUGGACAUUGACCCAACUUUUGGCGGCGGAUUGCCGUCCGAUACGUGUUUGGGGUGACCUGAUGUUGUUAAAUAAUUCAAUCAAACGGCUGUGAAGUGAUUAUUGUUAAUAUUGUUUAUAAUCGUCUUUGUCCAUGAGCUUAUGUGUAACUACUAUCAUCUUCGUUAUAAAAAGACGAA